UUCUCUUGUCUUGUUAUCAUUUUUGUUCCUGCAUCGCGCGGGGCACAAGGUUGUUGCCUACCAGGUGAACGGAUCUUGGUGAAGAUUGUACCCUACGGCAUCCACGUCGAAUCGUUGCGGAGGAGGAAGAAAACAUGAGCUGGACGGCUCCGUCGGGGCCGCCCCCAUCACCGGAGUAUCUGGCAGAAAACCAUGGCCCGACGCUGCUUGCGAUUGACUGCACACUUUUCGGCAUUGCGGCGCUCACGAUGAUCUUGAGGAUAUACGUGAGAGUCUUCAUGCUGAAGAUGUUCGGUAUCGACGACUGGCUCAUGCUCAUCGCCAUGGCCCUCUCCAUAACCACAACCGGCCUCUUCAUAAAAGUCGUAACCCUCGGUCUCGGCCGCCACUUCGACCUCUCCGGUCUCGCCUUUCCCCUCGCCAACAUGCCCGCAUUCUUUAAAUACGUCUACGUCUACGCCAUCCUCAUCAUCUUCGCGUACUCCUUCAUCAAGCUCUCGAUCGGCUUUUUCCUGCUCAGACUGGCGGAUCGGACGCGAUGGCGCACGUUUUUGAUAGCGACGCUCGUAUUUCUGGUCGCGUUUACGAUUGGGAGUACCAUGGCGAUCAUCUUCCAGUGUAUUCCGGUGCGCGCGGCGUACGAUCUGAGUUUGAAGCCGCCGCUAGGCAACGCAAAGUGCUACCCAAUCAGCAUUUUCAAGAACAUCGGCGUGUUCAAUUCCUCCGUCAAUAUAGCAACGGACCUCCUCUUCGCGCUUCUCCCCAUCCCCAUCGUGUGGAAACUCCAGGUCAACGUUCAAACGAAGCUAGGCCUGUCAUUUUGCAUGGCGCUCGGGUUGCUGGCGACUGCUACAGCGAUAUACAAGACGCCGAUGCAGUACCAUUUCUUUGACGAGAUGGACUUCACCGGGAACGGGAGCUGGUACUAUAUCUGGCAGCAAGUCGAAAUGAAUGUCGGCAUAACUGCCGCCAAUCUGCCCACUCUUAAGCCCCUCUUCGCCCGCUUCUUCACCUCCUUGCGCACGACCCUCGGCUCCUACGGCAGCCGCGCAGGCACUUCCGCACUCGCCACGCCGUACAAGUCUACAGGGUACAUGAAGCACGACGAAGGGGAUGGAGAAGGACAGUCAUUCGCGAUGAGCAGUCUCAGCAAAAAGAGCACUGGGGAUAAGGACUGGGGGAAGCGUGCGGGCGACAGCGACGAAAGCAUACUAAGGGAACAUGGGGGCGCGUUUGAUAUUCGCAGGGAGAGGGAAUUGGCGCGGAGGGAGAGUAUUAGGAAUGGCGGAAUUAUGAGGACAACGGAUGUGGUUAUUACGAGGGGAGAGGGGCUCUGAUGAUGGUCUGAACAGAAUAUUUGAGGGCUGGAUCUAAUAACAAAAGGGGUAUGUAUGCUCUGCUGACCCGCUGGCUGUGCGUUCAAUGUACCAUAAUAGAGGCGCGUAUCAGGUAUAUGCCUCCGACAUGAAUAUCAAAACAUCUGGUAAUUUCGUGCGGUGUGCGCGGUGAUAGAAAGAUAAUCGCUUUCAGUCACCUCCGGCAAGCAGGACUUGUGGACUGGACCGACUUUCUUAGGCCAGAACCGCAAACACAAUGGGCGAUGUUUACCUCGCCUUUCUCG